AUGGACAACGCCAAGAGUGAACGCUCGUGUAAACUCUGGGCUCUUGAGUGGCUGAUGAUGACGCCUCAGUGUGGAUUCAUCCACUGUAAGCGAUACACCAGCUUUGCCACGGAUGGUCGGAUGGUCGAUAGGCUUGUGGGGGAGUGGGAAGCUCUCAGGGAGCGGGCCUGUGCCUCUGAGUGUUGGGGGGGCGGAGCAGGGGCCAGUGAGCAGUGA